AUGACAUCCGUCAUUAUCUUCGGCCCGACUGGCCAAGUAGGAUCUGCUGCCGCACGAACAGCCGAGGACCUUGGAGCCAAAGUCUGGCUAGCAAUGCGAGAUACAUCGAAAAGCAUUCCUGGUCUCACUACAGAAUCAGAAGCCGCUGGCGACUUCCACCGGAUCCAAGCCGACCUGAGAAACCCACGGACCGUCAGCCAGGCCAUCAGGACCUCUGCAGCCAAGCGCGCAUUUAUCUACUUGAUCCAUCAUGAAUAUGAACACCUCCACGACGCCAUCAUUGCAAUGAAGAAUGAAGGCGUCGAUUUCAUCGUUUUCCUAAGCAGUUUCACAAUCUACACCAAUCAAGCGUUACGCGCUAUCUCUCCAUUCGACCUCCUCCCCUUCGUUCACGCCCAAGUCGAAGCAAGCCUAGAAGAACUCCUCGGCCCGGAGAAUUACGUCGCUGUUCGCCCCGGAUGCUUCGCCACGAACCUACUAUCAGCAAAAGAUGGCAUAGCGACCAAUAAUGUCAAAUUGUAUGGCGCCGAGUUCGAACAGGACAACAUUGUCCCUAGUGACAUCGGUAGCGUCAUAGGCAAUAUUAUUGUUUCUGGUUCGAAAGGCCGGAAGAUUGUGUAUCUUUAUGGCCCCGAGGUACUCUCUCUACGGAAUAGCAUUAGGAAGAUCGGCAGCGUUCUCCAGAAAGAUCUGAAAAUAACGACUCUGAGUCCCGAGGAAGGAUAUCAGAAGUACGCUAAGUGCGGCAUGCCUCCGUCUUUUGCAGAGUACAUGGCUAAGACGCUGGGUACCAAAGGUCCGGAUAAGGGUAAUGGUGAGCGGUUUCCUCACUACGAGGAGGGUGUGAGGAAUGUGGCACUUUAUACGGGCCGGCCGCCGAUGAGGCUUGAGGAGUGGGUGAGGCAGAACAAGGCAGUAUUUGGGCCAUGA